AUGCAUAAUGAAACAAAAAUAGGAAAACAUGAAUUAACAGAAUGGGUAGAAAAGCUUUUAAGCAGAAAAAAUUUCGAUUUUAAAAAUUUAAAAGAUGGAGAUAUUUAUUUACAGAUAUUUGAGUAUAUAUGGCCAAAUAUAAUGAAAAAAUAUAAGGACUGUAUUAAUAUAAACCCUAUAAGCGAUAUUAAUAAAAAAAAAAAUUGGAAAAUUAUAAGAAAUGUUUUAACCUGUGUAAACAUUGACAAAGAUUUUAUCAAUUAUGAUGAAAUAGCUACAGAUAAUUUUAAAAAAUGCUAUCAAUCAUUAAUAAUACUAUAUUUUUUGUAUUCUUUAGUUAAAAAUCAUGAAUGUGAUUUUAUAUUAGCAUAUCCUAUCGAUCAAAAAUUAACAGAUUUUAUGUCAAGUGAAGAACCGUUAACUUGUUUAGUAAAAGCUGGUAGCGUACAAUUACCCGAAAAUUUUUUUGAAAAAACUUCAAAUUCUACAGUUAAUUUAAAUAGUUUAAUUAAAACAAAUGAAAAAGUAAAAAAUACUUCAAAAAAUAAUAUAUCAAUUAAUGAAAAUUUUAAUGAAUUAAAAGUUCAGAACGAAAAUCUAAACUGUAUAGAUAAGUCUGAUUAUGAUGAUGAUUACAAUUUUGAAAAAUAUAUAAAUAAUUACCAUAAUAAUAAUGAAUACAAUAAUUUAAAGAAGGAAAAUGAUAACAUUAAUGAUUUAGAAGAAAGUUUUAAUUUAAACACAAAAUUUUCAACAUUAGAAAAUUUAAGUAAUAAUUAUUCCUUAAAUUCUUUAAAAAAUUUUGACUUCAAUAAUAUAGAAAAAAGUAAAAAUAAGGAAGAAAAUUAUUCACAAUUUAAAAACAUUUAUUGUAACAAUAAAAAUAAUAAUAAAAGUCAUAAUUUAUCGAAAAUAAAUUUAAAUAACAAACCUACUGAUGAAUAUAAUUCAAAUAUAUACACUGAUGAUAAUAUUGCAUUCAUCAAUAACUGUGAUGUAAAUUUAAGAAAAAAAAAUUCCUCAUACAAUUUAAAUGAUAUUUCUUCUUCCAAUAAUGGUAGCAUUUUUAAUUAUUUUAAUUCUAAAAAGGAAGAAUAUGAUAACUAUCAAAAUAAGAUAAAUGAAGCUAACAAAAAAAAUUUAUCUGUUCCCAAUUUAAAUUUAUUUAAAUUCCCUUAUAUUAAUGAUAAUACAUGUAAUAAUAAAAACAACAUUAUUAUGAAUUUUAAAAAAAGUACAGUAGACGCUUCUUCUCAAACAGAAAAUGAUAAUAUUUUAAAUAAUUUACUUAACGAUGAAAGUUGUACAAAUUUAGAAGUUAUAUGGAAUGAUCAGAGUAAAAAAAUAAAAGGAGAUUCUUUUAUUUUUUUUUUAAAAACACAAAUUAAAAUGUUUAAAAAAGAAUUAGAUACAAAAAAAGAAGAGCUAGAAUUAAUUCAAAAGAUUAAUAAAAAAACCAUUAACGAUAUGAAAACAUCAUAUGGUACCGAAUUAAAAAAACUUAAGGAAAAAUAUGAAGCAGAAAUUUUUUAUUUGAAACAACAGCACUUAGAAAAUUUAGUUAUUGUAAGGAAAAAUUUUGAAUCAAAGUUAAAUCAUAUAGAAGAAGACCUUUUAUUAGAUUUGGAUGUUUUAAAUAGUGAAAAUAAAAACAUGGAUUUUCCGAAUGAAUAUAAAAAGAUACCAUAUAUAGAUGAUCAUUUGGAAAAUAAUAAUCAUGAAGAGAAAGAAAACAAAGAUUAUUAUACUAAUAUGAACAUUGGUAACUUUUUAUUUGAUAAAAAAAAUUUUAACCAAGAUAAUAAAACGGCAUCAACUAAUUCCACAAUAAAAGAAGAUAUAAAUAACAACAUUUCAAAAAAAAAUAGUUUUUUAAAUUUCAAUAACAUUAAUCAAGAAGAUAAAUAUAUGAAUAAAAAGGAGGAAAAAUAUGUAGAAGAAAAUAUAAACAUUAAAAAAACAGUUACACACAAUAAUAAUUAUAUGAAUAAUAGUAUAGAAUAUUCCAUUAAAAAAUUAAAAUAUUUGCUAAAUGAAAAAAAUAAAGAACAUAUUUUGAAUAAUGAAUAUAUCAAGAAUGAGAUUUUAAAUUUAAAAUCUAUGUUUAGUAAGAUUAUUCAAGAAAAAGAAAAUAUAUAUAAUAAUUAUAAAGAUAACAAUGAAAUUUUUAAUGAACUACUGGAAUUCAUUGAAAAAAAUGCUGAUAAAAAAAAUGUAAAUGAUAAUUUAAGUAAAGAUUUUUACAUUGAAAAAAUAAAAAAUACUAUUUAUAAUAUAAUUAGAAACAAAAAAAAAAAUCAUGUAAGUGAAGAACAUAUUAACAAAUAUUUAGAUGAAAGUGCUUUAAUUAGUUUAAUUGUUUAUUUGGGCUCACUACUUCACUUAGAACGAGUAAGAUCAGAAAUAAUAAAAAUACAAAAGGAAAGAAAUAUUUUUAUAAUGAAUUAUGUUAAAAAUGAAAACACAACAGAGCAUCUAUUAAAUAAAAAAAACAAUAUAACAGAAUUUGAGGAUGAAAAUAAUAAAGAAAAUCCUAAAAUUCUAUCGAAUGAAGUACCAAGUAACGAAAUAGAAAAUUUUGAAAAAGCAAUGGAGUUAGAUGAUAAAAUAAAAAAAUUAGAACACAAAAACAAAAAAUUAUUAUCUAUAAAUGAAUAUUACAAAAAGAAAUUAGAACAUGUAGAAAUAUGGAAAAGCACUCUAGAAAAUUUCAAAAAAAAAUGCAAGAAAUUCAAUAAUUCAAGUAAUACAACAGAUCAAUUAGAAGAUAAAAAUUCGAACUUUAUAAAAAUUAAAGAAAUAGAUGAAUCAGAUAAUACGAUGGGAUCUUCUUUUAUAUGGUUUCCUCAGUUUUACCUAAAAUCAUUUGAAGAAGAAGUAGAAAGAGAAGCCCAAUUAAUGUAUCUUUUAAAAAAAUUAGGUAGAUUCGAUAAAGAACAAGAUUUAAAUGUUUUUGAAAGUAAUUUAUAUUCUCAUUCCAUUAAUAAAAAUAGCAUAAAAAAUAAUGAAAAACUAUUAUUACCAAAAAAAAAUAAAAUAUGCUCAAUAUAUAACGAAAAUUAUAUUUCAGACAAAGAUGAUAUUAAAAACAACCAAGAAAAUGAUAAACUUUCAUUAAUUAAUCAGAAUGAAUUCUUAGUAAUUUUAAAAAAAAAAUUAACAUACAUCUUUUGGCAGAUGUUAGGAGAUAUUUACAAAUAUAGAAAUAUUAUUCAUGAAGCAUGCAACUAUAUUUAUAAUUUAAAUAGUCUGUUAAAUAAUUACAUUUUAAAAAAUGAAGAAGCUCAAAAGGAAGUAAAAGAGAAUUUUGAUUUAUGUAGCAAAAAUAAAGAAAAUUCUUAUUUAUCAGAAAAAUAUAGAUUGAGAAAAAUAAUAGGAAUAACCAAAUUGAAUAUGGAUAUUUAUAGAGAACAAUAUGUUGAAUUAAAAGAUGAAUACGAAAAAGAAAAAAAAAAUUUAAUUAUUUUAACGAAUGCUUGCUACGAAAAUGAAAACACAAAAUAUAAAAAUACCAUUCAGAAAUUUAGAGAAGUAGAUAAAAAUUUAAAAAUGUAUAAAGCUAGAGAAAAGAAAUGGAAUAAAUUAGUAAAAUUAUUAACUAUUGAAAUAAGAAAUUCAUCGAAAGAUAAUCAAGAAGAAAUAAAAAAUGUAUGGCUAGAAAUUAUUGCAACAAAAGAAAAAGGAUCUGAAGAAUUUAAGAAAAUCAACAAUGAAAGAUUGCAAAAGAGUGAUGAUGAUUAUCUUGAUUUAGGUGAAAACCGUAAUAAACUUGCUACUAUAAUAGAUAACAUAAAUGAACAAAAUAAGUAUUCUAACAAUAUUAUAGCACCUAGCAAAAAUAAAAGUAAAGAAAUAAUUAAUAAAAAAUUGAACUCAAAUAAAAUAUUGACAAAUAAAUAUUAUUGUAAUUAUAAAAAAAAAAUCAAUAACAAAAAUGAAUACUCUAAUAAAAACAUUACUCAGAAUAAAGGAGCAAUAAAUUUGAAAUUAGAUAAAAAUAAUCAAUACACUAAUUCUAAUAAUAAUAAUUUAAAUAAUAGUAACGAUUAUAAAGAUAAUGAAAAUAAUGAAAUAAAUUUUUAUAAAAACGAUUUUAAUUUUUGUUUAGAUCAUAUAGAAAAUAACGAUAUUUUGUAUUUUUAUUCAACAAGUGAGACAGAUAAUUUAAUAACUGACAAGGAUCAAUUUCCAAUUAAUUUUAAAGCAGAAGAAAAUAAAAAUAGAGAAUUAAACUCAAAUAAUAUAUUAAAAAAUACAAAUAAUAAUUCCAUAAAAUUUACUAAUUUUAAUAUAGAGAAUAUGAAUAGUAAUGAUAUUAUAUUAAGUGAAAAUAAAAAUUGGUUUACUCAGUUGAGCCAAAUGGCCAAAGAGUCAUGUAGAAUGUUUCAAAAUCUUCUGAACUUAAAAGAAGAUGAAUUAAAAGAAAAAAAGAAGAAAAUAACUGAUUUGGAAAACAAAUUAAGAGAGUUAAAAGAAGAAAAUAUGAAUCAAAAAAAUAAAUAUAAAUGUUUAGAAGAGCAGAAAGAGUUUUUAGAAAAUAAAUUAAGUUCUUUAAGUGAUAAUGUAGAUAAUUUAAAUUCUCAGAUAUUUUUACUAAAUAAAGACAAAAUAUAUCUAGAAAGUAAACAUCUAACACAACAACAGGAGCUUAGUAUAAUUAUAAAAAAUUACAAAAAUGUAAUUGAUUCAAUAAGAAAACACGUCAAAAAAUAUUCAUCUAUUUUAUAUUUGUUGGAUAAUUUACCAGAAGAAGAUGAAAAAUUUAUCCUUGAUUUAACAAAUAUAGAGGAAAAAAAUAAUUCAUUAAAUUUUUCUCUUAAUAUAGAUAAAAAUUUAGAAUUGAAAAAAGGAGAGAUGAAUGAUGAUGUAAGAGUAAAAAUAAAUACAAAAGAUCCUCAAGUUAUAACUAAUUUUUCAAAACUUAGAAUUUCAAAGUUAAAUGAUAAAAAUAAUUUUGUAUCCGAUUUAUAUAUUAAUGAUUUAAUCAAAGAUAUUAGAUGCGAUAACUUUAGAUAA